UUUACAUAAGUCUAAUAAAUGUAAAGUUGGGGGUUAAAAAAAGACUAAUACAAUGGGAUAUUAUGUGACAUUAAAAAGAACAAACUGCUGACACAUACUCUAAAAUGGGUGAAGCUUGAAAACAUUGUAAGUGAAAGAAGCUAGUCACAAAAGGCCACAUAUUAUUCCAUUUGUAUGCAAUGUCCAAAAUAUGCAAAUCCAUAGAGACAGAAAACUUAGAUCAGUGGUUGCCUGGGACUUGUGGGAAAUAAAGAGUGACGACAAAUAGGUACAAGAUUUCUUUUGGGGUGGGGCUCCGGCCGUGAUGAGCUUGGUGCUAAGGAACCUGCAGCGGGCGGUGCCCCUGAGGCGGGCGCGGCUCCGCGAGAAGGUGCAGGUAAUGCGGAGAGCCCUGUGGGUGCAGAGGUUCGACCUGGGGGUCGUCUGUGUCGACAACAGAAAGAUUCAGCCGAUUAACAGAAUCUACAGAGACAAAAAUACCCCAACAGAUGUGCUUUCCUUUCCAUUUCAUGAGGAUCUGAAAGCAGGCAAAAUUCCCCAGCCUGAUUUUCCAGAUGACUAUAAUUUAGGAGACAUUUUCCUGGGAGUGGAGUAUAUCUUCCAGCACUGCAAAGAAAAUGAAGAUUACUAUGACACUGUGACUGCCACCCACGGGCUCCGUCACCUGCUGGGCUUCACACACAGCACGGAGGCCGAGUGGCAGAAGAGGUACCAGAAGGAGAAGCAGGUUCUCGAGGAGCUGAGCAGGCACAAAGGGACCAGGUUUCAGCCCCUGAGCAGGGGCCUCUUCUGACCGAAGAGCCACAGUGUGAAUGGAAGGUGGACCACCCCCUCGGGCCCCAAGGAUCAGGGGUCCCCCACGCUGAGGUCCGGGCUGGCCACUGCUGUCCUGUGGGACUGCGGAAGUGCCAGCCCUAGCAGGUGCUGAACUCUAUGAGUGGAACCUGCCUCUUAAAACACUAGAG